UUGAAAUUUUUAAGCGGUGAUAAAAAGUGAAUAAAGAGAGGCGGAUGACCGGAACGACGCUCACACCGCAGGCGGCGAGUAACUUACUCACUCUCAACAUCAACGGAGGCGCCACCCCCUCCUCCCCGCUCUCGGCUUCGUUCGUCAACUCCUUCCGCGUCGCCGCCGUCUACGAGAAGCUUUCGCACUUCGUCCGCAACGGUUUUCAAGGCGAUGUCAUGGAUUUCUUCAACCUCUGCCUCUCUCUUUCCAGAGGGAUUGAUUAUGCUGUUGCCAACAAUGAGGUUCCGGCUAAGGCCAGCGAUUUGCCUGGUCUGUUGAAACAUAUAUGCCAACGGAAAAACAACGAUGUUAUGCUAGCUGCUGUCAUGGUGCUGAUGAUAUCUGUGAAGAAUGCUUGUAGGGCUGGAUGGUUUUCGGAGAAGGAGAGUGAAGAGCUGUUUUCUCUGGCUAAUGAGAUUGGCAGUAGGUUCUGUGGCUCGGGCGACAUCAAAACUGGACCUAACUGUUCUCUAUCUGUUGUUGACAAAGUUAUAGAAAGAUAUUAUCCAACGUUGAAGAUGGGCCUGACCCUUGCCUCUCUGGAGGUUAAGCCUGGAUAUGGAACAUAUGUGCUUGAUUUCCAUAUUUCAAAGGGUACAGCCUAUUCUCCUCAUGAAAAAAUUCGGUUAUUUGUCACACAAACAGAUAAUAUUGAGACAUCUUCUUGUAUUAUAAGUCCCCAGCAAGUGAACUUUCUUCUCAAUGGAAAAGGCGUAGACAAAAGGAUCACUUCUACAAUGGAUACUGGAUCUCAAUUGCCUUCAAAUGUGACCGGAAUGCUCAAAUAUGGAACAAAUCUUCUUCAAGCUGUGGGCCAGUUCAAUGGACACUAUAUCAUAGUGGUCGCCUUUAUGAGCAUCGCAUCAUCAGUUGACUCCCCAGUGCUGAAAGAUUAUGUUCAGCCCAUUGUACCUUCCCCAAAUUCAGAUACUGAUAUAGUUGAGGGGCCAUCAAGAAUAUCCCUUAAUUGUCCCAUAAGCUUUACGCGAAUCGAAACUCCUGUUAAAGGACAUUUGUGCAAACAUCUUCAGUGCUUCGACUUCAGGAACUUCAUCACUAUGAAUAUAAGACGACCAAGGUGGCGCUGCCCCCAUUGUGAUCAGUCUGUCUGCUAUUUGGACAUUCGUGUCGAUCAAAAUAUGGUCAAGGUCCUGACAGAGGUUGGAGAAAAUGUUUCGAAAAUAAAUAUAUCUGUGGAUGGAUCAUGGAAAGUGUCGGAAAAUGAUGAAGAUGAUCUUGAUCUGGCAGAAAAAAUGAAAGAAACAUUUGAGGAGGAAGCUACUCCAGGUCCUACUGUUAUGGAUCUUACCAAUGAUGAUAAUACUGAGAUGGAAACGGCUCCUUCUGGACUUGAAGAUGUGAAACCUUUGAGCAAUACAAACACUGCUCAAAUAGAUCAUGACUUUUGGGCCGGGGUUUUCUUGGCUAAUAGCAUGCCCACUUCCGCUGCACAAUUGGCUAAUUGCAUGCCUCACUCCAGUCCCAGCUCUUUACAACCUUCUUUGUUGUCUGAUGCUGUUAAUCUAGCACUUAAUCAAGAAGUGGGGAGUCAUGGGAACACUGAUCUUUUGGUGCCAGCAAUGCAUAAUCAUAUUCCUAGUCCUAACAAUCUAAACUCAUCACAGACAUUACCCAGAGAUCUGGGCUCCGGGCUGCCAAUAGUCAGGAAUCCAAUAGCAGUUCAGGCCCUUCCGGCUCUGUCGCAGACACUAGGCGUGCAACAAAGAUCCAGAACUACUUUUAACAACCCAGCUCCAAAUAGUGCGUCCCUCACUCCUCAGGCUGACCCCAUUUCCCCAGCAAAUGUUCUCAAUGCAGUAUGUAGCGACUUGGAAAGGCAACAACACUUCUCUAGGCCCCGAUUGAAUCCAGUUCCAGUGUCAGAUGUUGUUUCAUCUUCAUUGCAUUAUGGCUCAAGAACAACUCAGAAUUUGGUUCCCCAAGAUCGGUCCUUUAGUCAUGGCCAAUCCGCUGUUGGACAUCCGGUUCCCAACCAACUACAAAGUGCUAGCAGAGUAUCACCUGGGUAUCAGUUUUACACAAAUGCACACCUACAGCAAGCAUUGAAUUUGCGAACUCCACCAACUGUGAGCCAGUCUUCAAGCUCACAUUCCUCAAGGUCCCAUGUGAUUCAGGGAAGUUCACAAAUUGGAAUUGGUCAAACAUCAAGUUCUUUAAACAAUCAACAGAGUUUCAUAGUGGCUGCUCAACGAGCUGCUCUGGCCAGGCAGUCUUCACCAGUGCCAGCUCAAAACCAAACUCCCAGAACCAUGCCAUCUUUGUCUGUAAAUGCUGGAGGGUUUAGAGGAUCACCGGGGGAUCAGCGUGGAAACACUGGAGGACCUGUCCAAGCAGUUUCAGGGGCUGAUAAGGUGGGGAAUUCGCCAUCUGAACAGAAUUGGCGACCAUUAGGUCGAAUGCGUGGAAGUCUCUCUGGUCAGGCUUAUAAUGCUGCUUUGAGCCAGUUCAUAAUUCGGCCGACCCAACCAAAUGAAAAUGCAAGGCCUGCGCCACACCUGACCCCUCCCCCACACCUGACCCCUCCCCCACACCUGACCCCUCCCCCACACCUGACCCCUCCUCCACACCUGACCCGGCCCCCACACCUGACCUCUCCACCACCUAUUCCUUCCCAGCUGCCGACUAGUAUGAGCUCUCAGGUUCCACAAACACCACAAACACCUAGUAGUCAGCCUCAGUAGAUUGAUCUUGUCUGAGUGGGUUCAUGUGGAUAUUCUGCACAGGUUGACUUGGAAAUAUUUAGACUGUUGUAUAUAUUAAAAUAUAGUUGAUCAAUUUUGUAUUCCGUGGUCAACCGGGUAAGUCUUUUAGGAACUAGGAGUAUGCUCGGUAGUGUCUUAGCUAUAUUUUGUAGUACAACGUUAAAAAUCCCAGUGUUGGUGUUGACUGUUGUAGCUGUGAUAUCAUCUAUAUAUGGCUAUUUAUAUA